UUUUUACUCUUUCCUCUUCCAGGGCUUCGCAACAAAACGUUAAGGCUGGAAAACCUAAAAUCACAACAAAACCCUAAUUUUCAAAUCCAAUUCUUUUCAUGUCCCGUCAAUUUCUCUUCCAUCAAACAUAGAUCCUGACCCGAAUCCCUAAUGGGUCGACCCGAGCCUUGUGUCUUGUUCGCUCAGACCUUCGUUCACCCCCAACUCGACGAGUACGUUGACGAGGUGUUGUUUGCGGAGCCAAUUGUUAUAACUGCGUGUGAGUUUCUUGAGCAAAAUGCGUCUUCGGCUUCUCAAUCAGUGACGCUUGUUGGGGCCACUUCGCCACCUUCAUUUGCUUUGGAAGUUUUUGUUCAGUGUGAGGGAGAGACAAGAUUCAGGCGCCUUUGUCAGCCUUUUCUGUAUUCACAUUCUUCAUCCAAUGUGUUAGAAGUGGAGGCUGUUGUAACAAAUCAUCUUGUUGUAAGGGGCAGCUAUCGCAGUCUAAGCUUGAUCAUAUAUGGAAACACAGCUGAGGAUUUGGGACAGUUCAAUAUUGACUUUGAUGAUAGCUCUUUGACCGAUCUCGUUACUUCUGCUGAAGGAAAGCUUGAAGACCUUCCUCUUGCACUACAUUCAAUUAAUCGUACAAUUGAGGAGUCAAUUUCCUCUCUGAAUAAAUUGUCGUUUCCAGUUACUGCCUCUGACAUCUCUGUUGAGGUGAAGAAUUUGUUACAUUUGAUGUUGAAGGUUUUUGAGAUGUCAAGCUCGGAGUCUUCUGUGGAUAAAGUUCUAAGUGUGGUGAGCUUGGCAUCUUCUUCUUACUUCUCUCACUUGUGUGACACAAUCAAUCCGAAACAUCUAACUACGGGCAUCUAUAAAGAUUGUGAAGGUGAUUGGCACCAUGUUAUUAGUAAGGCUAGAAAAGAGCUUCUUGAACUCUAUGAAAGCCUUCAACAUGUUUCAGGGAAUUCAUCGGCUAAACAAUUAGCAGAGAGCAAUUUUUAUGAGACUGAGGUUGGUGUAGCUUCCUCCAAACAGUUGGUGGACAUGUUAAGCCAGUACUUUAACUUUUAUGGGAGCACCUUAACUAUUGGACAUUACACACUUUCACAGAGUAGUACUGUCAUUCUGGGACUUAGUGUGGCUCUUUUGCUGUGCUCUGGUAGAGAAAGCUGCUUUCACUUUGUUAACAGCAGGGGAAUGGACCAGCUUGCAUAUGUUUUUAGUCAUGACAUGGUGAAUUCUACCACUAUUAGGUUGCUUCUACUUGGAGUCAUUGAGCAGGCUACACGGCAUUCUGUUGGGUGUGAAGGUUUUUUAGGGUGGUGGCCUCGAGAAGAUGAGAAUAUCCCAUCUGGCAUUAGUGAAGGUUACAGCAGAUUGUUGAAUUUAUUACUGCAGAAACCACGCCAUGAUGUGGCUUCUCUUGCAACUUUUGUCCUUCAUCGCUUACGAUUUUAUGAAGUAGCUUCACGUUAUGAAAGUGCAGUUCUGUCCAUAUUGGGAGGUCUAUCCACUGCCAGCAAGGUUACAACUGACAUUUCAAACAUGCUUAUAAUUGCCAAGUCACAACUCAAAAAGCUUUUGAAAAUGAUAAAUGCACGUGGUCCAAUUGAAGAUCCUUCUCCGGUGUCUUGUGCAAGUAGAUCAUUGGUUCUUGCUCAGACAGAAGGAUUGUUAUCAUAUAAAGCAACCAGUAGCUUCAUUGCUUCAUCAAAUUGUUGCUUUUCAAAUGUGGAUAUUGACUGGCAUUUGCUGGGCCUUCUUAAGGAGAGGGGCUUUCUUCCGUUAUCGGCUGCAAUGUUGUCAUCCUCAAUAUUGCGUUCAGAUGUGGGAGAAGCUAUGGAUAUAUAUUUGGAUAUUGCCUCCUCUAUUGGGGCCUUAAUUCUUUCGUUUCUUUUUUGUCGCUCAGGGUUGAUAUUUCUACUACAUCAUUCUGAACUCUCUGCUACACUAAUUCGUGCUCUGAGGGGGGUUGUUGAUAUUAAUAAGGAAGAGUGUAUUCCUCUUCGGUAUGCCUCUAUAUUGAUGUCAAAGGGUUUUGCUUGUGGUCCACAGGAAGUUGCAACCAUAGUAGAGAUGCAUCUGAGGGUGGCUAAUGCCAUAGAUCGUUUGCUUGCAUCAAAUCCACACUCAGAAGAAUUUUUAUGGGUGUUGUGGGAACUAUGUGGCCUGUCAAGGUCUGAUUGUGGACGCCAAGCUCUGCUGGCUCUGGGUUUUUUCCCUGAGGCUGUUUCAGUAUUGAUUGAAGCUUUGCAUUCUGCCAAGGAAUUGGAGCCAGUAAAUAAAAAUAGUGGAGCUUCACCUCUUAAUCUUGCCAUUUUGCACUCUGCUGCUGAGAUUUUUGAAGUCCUUGUCACUGAUUCAAGUGCAUUUUCUCUGGGUUCUUGGAUCAGACAUGCUAGGGAACUUCACAAGGCUCUACAUUCUUCUUCUCCAGGGUCUAAUAAGAAAGAUGCUCCCACACGUCUAUUGGAAUGGAUAGAUGCUGGUUUAGUUUACCACAAAAAUGGAGUUAUUGGUCUUCUACGUUAUGCUGCUGUUUUAGCCUCUGGGGGAGAUGCUCACUUGACCUCAACCAGCAUUUUAGUAUCAGAUAUGAUGGAUGUUGAAAAUGGCACUGGAGAAGCUUCCAGUGGCUCUGAUUUUAAUGUUAUGGAGAAUCUAGUUAAAAUUAUUACUGAAAAGUCCUUUGAUGGCGUAACCCUUCAAGACUCUUCAAUAGCACAGCUGACAACAGCACUUCGAAUUAUGGCUUUUGUUUCAGAAAACUCAACUGUUGCUGCUUCCCUCUAUGCUGAAGGUGCCAUAAUGGUUAUCUAUGCAAUUCUAGUUAAUUGCAGGUUCAUGCUUGAGAGAUCUUCAAACAGUUAUGAUUAUCUUGUUGAUGAUGUUACAGAAUGCAAUUCUUCAUCUGAUUUACUAUUGGAACGGAAUCGUGAACAGAGUUUAGUUGAACUUUUGGUUCCUUCUUUGGUAUUACUAAUUACCAUUCUGCAAAAAUUACAGGAAGGUAAUGAGCAGCAUAAGAAUACCAAAUUAAUGAAUGCCCUUCUGCGCUUGCAUCGAGAAGUGAGCCCAAAGCUAGCUGCAUGUGCUGCAGACUUAUCCUCAUCUUAUCCUAAUUCAGCCCUUGGGUUUGGAGCAGUCUGCCAUCUUAUUGUGUCAGCUCUUGCUUUUUGGCCAAUUUACGGCUGGACUCCUGGCCUUUUUCACUCCCUUCUUGCUAGUGUUCAAAUGACUUCAAUUCUGGCUUUGGGUCCAAAGGAGACCUGUAGUUUGCUGUGUCUUCUGAAUGAUUUGUUUCCUGAAGAAGGUGUCUGGCAUUGGAGAAAUGGAAUGCCCUUGUUGAGUGCCCUUAGAACAAUAGCUGUUGGGUCGUUGUUGGGGCCUCAGAAAGAGGGACAGGUUGAUUGGUAUCUAGAGUCUGGACACAUUGAAAAGCUGCUUAGCCAAUUGAGGCCACAUCUUGACAAAAUUGCACAGAUAAUCCAACAUUAUGCUAUUUCUGCAUUGAUAGUCAUACAAGACAUGCUUCGAGUUCUUAUAAUACGCAUUGCUUGCCUAAGACCUGAAAAUGCUUCUGUACUUCUACGGCCGAUAUUGUCAUGGGUUCGUAGUCAUGUUUCUGACUCAUCUUAUCCAUCAGAGAUGGAUGUGUACAAGGUGCACCGAUUUCUUGAUUUUCUUGCUUGCUUGUUGGAGCAUCCAUGCGCUAAGGCACUAUUUUUGAAGGAGGGUGGUCCUGAAAUUCUAAGAGAAGCACUGGAGAAGUGUCUUGAUGCCAGUGAGGCAGAUGGAAAGCAAAUUUCAGAUCAAGGAAAUUCUGCUAAAAGUGGUUUUACCUUGAUUGGUUGGUGCCUCCCUGUAUUCAGGUCUAUCUCACUACUUUGUAGUUCUCGAACACCUCUACAAUACUCUGCAAGACAUGAUUUGUACAAGUUUGAGGAUUUGAGUUCUGAAGAUUGUUUGUUGAUUGCCCCAUACAUCCUUAAGUUUUGUCAGGUCCUACCAGUUGGAAAAGAAUUAGUGUUUUGUCUUACAGCUUUCAAGGAAUUAGUUUCUUGCAAUGGAGGUCAAAAGGCUUUGGUUUCUGCCGUAUGUAAUACUCGCUCAGGUCUUGAAGAAUUUGAUUCAGGGGGAAUACAUGAAAGAAAUGGGAACCUUAGUCUUAAUGAGUUUGAUUGGAGAAAGAAUCCUCCUUUAUUAUGUUGCUGGACAAAGUUGUUAGAGUCAAUUGAUUCAAAAGAUAGCUUGUCAACUUAUGCAAUUGAAGCCAUCAGUGCUCUGUCUUUAGGUUCUUUGCACUUUUGCAUGGAUGGAAAAAGUUUGAACCUGGAUGCUGUUGUCUCAUUGAAAUAUCUUUUUGGGCUUCCUGAUGAUGAGAAGAGUGGGACUGAGGGCUUUUCAGAGGAGAACAUAAAUUACAUACAGAGAUUGUCUGUAGUUUUGAAUUCAAAUAUCAAUGAUGAAAAUGACUUUUCAGCUGCCCCUGAUAUACACACCACUUUGUCUCAGGUUUCGGAGUUUGUGAAGGCACUGUUGUUAUUGUUGCAAAAUCCUGCUGGUUCAGUUAAGGCAGAUGAUGUCAUCUUCACUGAAGGAAUGCUUUCAUCACCAAAUGAUGGUCUAUUUCCUUUAAAUAUGCAUCAGAUGGCAGAUGAUGGCACUGAGAACCCUUAUGAUAAUCUUUACUUGGUAGGACUUGAAGACAAGUUCUCAUGGGAUUGUCCAGAAACAUUACCUGAGAGAUUGUCACAAACAACUCUUCCUGCUAAAAGGAAAAUGCCUCCAGUGGAAGGUUUGAGUAGGCGUGCUAGGGGAGAAAAUUCACCGGCUGAAACAACCCAGAAUACAUUUUCACGUGGAGUGGGUCCAUCUACAACAUCUUCUGGUCCUACUCGGAGGGAUACCUUUCGGCAGCGCAAACCAAACACCAGCAGGGCCCCAUCUUUGCAUGUGGAUGACUACAUUGCGAAAGAAAGGGGGAGUGAUGGUGUCACAAAUUCUAAUGUUAUUGUAGCUCAGAGAGUGGGAUCUGCUGGUGGACGUGCUCCAUCAGUGCAUGUCGAUGAAUUUAUGGCUAGAGAAAGGGAGCGCCAGAAACGCAUUGUAACAGUGGUUGGGGAGGCAGCUGCACAAGUCAAGAUUGCAGCUCCUGCAAGUGACACCCAGAAAGAAAAAGUUGACAAAUCUAAGCAGUUGAAACCAGUUCUUGAUGAUGAUCUUCAUGGAAUUGAUAUUGUCUUUGAUGACGAGGAAUCUGAACCUGAUGAUAAAUUACCAUUCCCCCAGCUAGAUGAUAAUCUACAGCAGCCUGCCUCUGUCAUAGUUGAGCAAAAUUCUCCACGUUCAAUAGUUGAAGAGACAGAGAGUGAUGUCAAUGAAAAUAGUCAAUUUUCUCAUAUGGGUACACCAUUAGCAUCUAAUGCAGAUGAAAACACCCAGAGUGAAUUUUCUUCUAGGAUGUCAGUCUCACGCCCUGAACUGCCAUUGACUCGGGAACCAAGUGUUUCUUCGGAUAAGAAAUAUUUUGAUCAACCUGAUGACUCAAAGAAUGUUAUUACCAUUAAGACCUCUACUAGUUUUGAUUCUGGGACAGCAGCAAAUAGUUCGGGGUUUCCUGCCUCUCUCUACAAUAGUGCACCUCUAACAUCCAUGCCACUUGAUUCAAGGAUAAAUUCACAAAAUUUCUAUCGAAAGAACAGUCCCCAGCAUGCUGGUAAUAUUCCAGUGGGCACUGGAUCUCGAGGAAUAUAUGACCAGAAAGUUAUGCUGAAUCAACCACCUUUGCCUCCAAUGCCACCUCCACAAUCAGUUAGUCCUGUAGUAUCUCAGGCUUCUGAUUCUAUCCCAAGUCAGUCUUCCCCAUUUGUAAACUCUAUGCCAGAAUCACAGCUACCAGUGCCUACAGCAUUCCAAGUUCAGCCAGAGUAUCUAUCAGGAUUUAGUGGCAGUUCUGCACCUUUAUCAACUACCCAUACUGGUGGAUCUGCUAGGCCUCCACUUCCACCAACACCACCUCCAUUUUCAUCUAGCCCUUACAAUUUACCAUCAUUAAAAUCUUCUACUCCUCAGAUGUCCAUAUACAAUCAGACAGGUGUCGGAAUGACUGACCUUCCCCAGGGCCAGAGCUCUGUCUCUCCUAUAAUUGAUGCUCGGUUAGGCAGCAUUUCUGCAUCAGCUGCUGGACUAAGUUCUUAUGCACCACCUCCACUCAUGUCACCCUUGGUCUUCAGUAGGCCUGCUUCAGUACCUGCAACUCUAUAUGGAAACUCUCCAGCUCAGCAGCAUGGUGACAACCCGCAAAAUAUCAUGCAGAAUCUCUCCAUACCCCACCCUUCCAUUCAGUCAAUGCAUACCCUGCCACAGUUACAGCCAUUGCAGCCCCCACAGGUUCCACGUCCUCAACAACCACCUCAGCAUCUUAGACCACCAAUGCAAGUCUCACAAUCAUUGGAUCAAGGCAUGUCUCUGCAGAGCCCUGUACAAAUGCAAGGCCUUCCUUUACAGAUGCUGCAACCGCCACAAGUUUCUCCAAUGCAUUCUUAUUAUCAGUCCCAACAGCAAGAUUUAACAGCAGUACAGCAACUGCAAGUUGAACAUGCCCAAUCACAAGUUUUACAUCAGCAAGGGGAUACUACAUCCCAGCUGCAACAAGAUUCAGGAAUGUCAUUACAGGAGUAUUUCAAGUCCCCAGAAGCUAUUCAGUCAUUGUUGAGUGAUCGGGAUAAACUUUGCCAGCUUUUGGAGCAGCAUCCGAAAUUAAUGCAAAUGCUUCAGGAAAGGCUGGGACAGCUAUAGCAGACAUGAUAUCAAAGCUCUUACUUUUUACAUUGGAGGAUGCUUUAAACCUGUUAACUCUAUGUAGUGCUGCAAGUCAAGGUUCCCUCCAAGUCCAUUAUUUUGUGUCAUGCAUGACACCGCAGCCUUCCCUUAAGCCAAUCUUUUUCUGCCCACAAACAAUUUUGUAUUAUCUAUGUACUAUAUAUAUCAAUGUACAUUUCUUCAUUA